GUUCCCAUCAUGGCUCUGCGGUAAUGAACCCAGUAGUAAACCCGAUUAGUAUCCAUUAGGACUCAGGUUCACUCCCUGGCCCUGCUCAGUGGGUUAAGGAUCCCGGUGUUGCUAUGGCUGUGGUGUAGGCCGGUAGCUACAGCUCUGAUUCAACCCCUAGCCUGGAAACUUCCAUAUGCUAGGGGUGAGGGCCUAAAAUGACAAAAAAAAAAAAAAAAAAAGCCAUUGGGCAUCUUCUGACACAAGAUUUACAUAAAGCCUUUUAAAAUAUAUGGAUCAGAGGAGUUCCGUUAGUGGCUCAGCGGUUAAUGAACCCGACUAGUAUCCAUGAGGAUGCAGGUUCGAUCCCUGGCCUCGCUCAGUGGGUUAAGGAUCCCGGGGUGGGGUAAGGAUCUGGGCAGUGGUCUAGGUUGCAGACUCGGCUCGAAUCUGGUAUUGCUGUCUGUGGUGUAGGCCGACAGCUGUAGCUCGGAUUGGACCCCCAGCCUGGGAAACUCCAUAUGACUCGGCUGCGACCCUAAAAAGCAAAAGUAAAUAAAUACGUACAUAAAUAAAAUAUAUGGAUCAGAGCCAAAACCUGUCUACUUCUUUAAGAAAAGGAUUGGAAAACAUAGGGGGCGUGGCCAGAAGACACACACACAUCCCCUCGGCGCGCGCCGGAAAUGGUUGUGUAGGUUAAGACCAGCCCCUUCCGGUUGCUUAAUUCCAGCAAGAUGGCGGCGUCCAGGGCGUCCCUGCACCAAGUGGCCCGCAACAGUGCUACCAGCAGCAUCCGUGCCCUGAGCAGGGGAGUGGACCCAGAGGGCAGUCAGAGGAAGGGGAGGACACUGCUCCAGUUCCUGGCUGACCACUUCUGUGAUGUGGAGGCUGUCAGGGAGUAUCUGCUACGGAAGCAAGCGUUGAAGGUGCACCGAAAAAACCGGUCCUUCACCUACAUCAAGGAGCGAUACGGCCCAUACGUCGCAGGCGCCUAUUUCGUCCUGAAGCAGGGAGGUGCAGUCAAGUUUCAGGACAAUGAGUGGAUACAGUCAGGGCGCGGCCUCUCCUCUCUUGAGUUCCGGAAGUUCCGGGAGGUGCCAGUACAAGCUGUCGAUGCCAGUGGCUGUGCCAUCAACUACCAAGGCCUGGACAACCUCUUGGCCCUGAAGGAGCUCCAGUCCCUGUCACUGCAGCGCUGUCCCCACGUGGACGACUGGUGCCUCGGCCGCCUCCACCAGCUGGCCGACUCCUUGCAAGAGCUCUCACUGGCCGGUUGCCCCCGAGUCUCUGAACGAGGCCUAGCCUGCCUCCACCACCUCCAGAACCUCCGCAGGCUGGAUAUCUCCGACCUUCCUGCUGUGUCCAGUCCGGACCUCACUCAGAUUUUGGUGGAGGAGAUGCUGCCCAACUGUGAGGUUCGGGGGUCUGACUGGGCCCAGGGCCUCAAGUUGGGGCUGGAGGAGCAGUCCCGAGACCCAGCCAGCAGCCCGGUCCCUGCCUAGCCUCAGCCCCCUCUCAGCAGGCUGACAGCUACUUGUGGCCUCCACCGACGUUCACUCAGCCGAAGGGUUGGGCUGGGAUGAGGGGCACUGGCAGGUCUAUACCCUGGGCUGACGUUCACAGGCUGUCCACACACUCCUUUCUCAGUUCCAGGGACCUCCUUCUCCUGCCUCCUCAGGUCUAGGGCUUCUGGCUACAAGUAGCUCUCCCUUGUGGUUUCCCCACGCCACGCCCGCCUCUGUGUCAGGCAACUUCUCUUAACUUGUGAGAUUAACCCACCUGAGUGUGCUGCCUUUUCCUGCUAGGUGGUGCUACCUGCAUUGUUUGGGGUUUUUUUUGCUUUUUAGGGCCACACCUGCAGCAUAUGGAAGUUCCCAGGGGUCAUACCAGAGCUACAGCUGCUGACCUACACCACAGGUUCCCAGCAACGCUGGGUCCUUAACCCGCUGAGCGGGGCCAGGGAUCGAACCUCCAACCUCCUGGUUCCCAGUCAGAUUCGUUCCCGCUGAGCCAUGAGGGGAACUCCGGGAGCUAGCUGCAUUUCAUAGAGAUAGGUUCUUCACUAUGCGGAAUGACUCAGCUCCAGGUAGGCUACAGCAUCCCUGACCCACACCCACCAAAUGCUGGGAGCACCUCAAGUCCCACGGUGUCCCCCCACUGCCUCUUAACUGACUUACUGACUCACUGACUCAGCCUCAAAUUCAGCUUUCUUGUUUGCUCCACUAAAAAUUAUCGGGGGAAAAAAAAAAAAAAAGGAGUUCCCGUCGUAGCGCAGUGGUUAACGAAUCCGACUAGGAACCAUGAGGUUGCGGGUUCGGUCCCUGCCCUUGCUCAGUGGGUUAACGAUCCGGCAUUGCCGUGAGCUGUGGUGUAGGUUGCAUACGUGGCUCGGAUCCCGAGUUGCUGUGGCUCUGGCGUAGGCCUGUGGCUACAGCUCCGAUUCAACCCCUAGCCUGGGAACCUCCAUAUGCCGCAGGAGCGGCCCAAGAAAUAGCAACAAUAACAACAACAAAAGACAAAAAAAAAAAAAAAAAUUAUCGGGGCCUUUGAAAUAUUUUUCCUUUGCUGACUGGCAGGAUAAGGUUUGCCAGUAGAGGGCGAGCAAGAAACAUCCUCAAGAGGAAAGGCUUUUGCUUCCCGGUUCUGCUCAGGUGUGUCCAGAAUUCCCAGCACCUGGGGAUCAGCGGCGUCCCCUGGCGACCCCCCCCCUGCAGUUUUUAGAGGAAUGCCUCCACUGAGGCACCCCCCUGUGGAUGCUUCUCCAUCACACCCCCGAAGAUGGAUUUCCAAUAAAUUCUGAGGCACCUUACCAAAGACUCCUUUAUUUCAAAUUUACUGUUAGUCAUUUUGGCCGCAUUCACAGCAUGCAGAAGUUCCCAGGCCAAGGAUCAAACCUGUGCCACAGCCGUGACAACGCCAGACCCUUUAACCACUAGGCCACCAGGGAAUUCCAAUAAUUCUUUACAUUAAACUUUCCCUGUUCAAAUCA